AGCUCCUUUAUUCCCCUCUCCCGCUGCCCCUCUCUCCCCUCCCAUGGCGCCUCUUCUCCACUUCCCAUAUCACCUCUCUGUCCACCAUGCCGCCUCCCCUCCCCUCCCCCUCUGCUGUAGUACGCCUUCUCCACAGCCAGCUUGUUCUCUCACGAAAACGUCAGCUUGGAGCCGUAGGCAGGGUUUUGGGAGCAGAUCAGAUCAAGGCUGAGGCAGUCCGCCGUUUUCUUCGUCUCCGGUUAUGGCGCCAUCGCCAGUUCUGCCUCUGCCACCCUAGGAACCGCUGCCACCACCUCCCUAUUGACCUCUGCCACCCCCAGAGCUACUUUGAAUUGGUCACCAUGGUGUGGGAGCUUACCGAGGUCCCUGGCAAUCCAACUCCCCUCCAACACUCCACGGUUGAUGUGGUGGCAGCGAACAUUGUGCCCAAGGUAACAAAUACUCUCAUCAGGCAAUUGAAUCAAGUAUGCCCAUUAGAGAAUCUACGGCAUGUCAAGCGGGUGCGUCGGCGUGUUGUGUGUGGCGAAAAUUCUGAGUUAUCAAUCAUCUUAUGCCUUUCCACUGGGCCUGACAAUUGUAAUGAAGGUUUUCCUGAAGAAGUCCAAAAGAUAGUGGAAAACUAUCAUUUGAGUCCUUUCAUUGCAAAAGUUGCCAGUUGUUCUGCUACGUCGAAAGAGGAGUGGGAGGAACAGUGCAGACUUUGGCCAACAUCUUAUCACCCCCCUCACGACAUUGAUGGUGUAUCUGGAUUUAAAGAGGAGGAAUUACCAUCAAUAUUUCAUUGCAUGAGGACUGCUAUGCAAUUAUCACAGGUGGGCAAUACUGCCAUUAUUGUUGAUCCAUCAAGCAUGCAAAUGAUUUCAAAGGCUACAGACCAAACACACCAGCGUGACACUUGUCUAAAGGGGAACAAAUGUGCAAUGGUAGAAGCAGAUAAUGCCAACUCAUUCCCUGAAGCAAUUGAGGAUAAAGCUGACACUUUGUUGCCGUCGAGCUCUCGUUUUUGCAAUGGCUUGGACAGGGAGGUCUCAUGUAUAAACCCUUUCGGAUGGAUGAAACAAAGGUGCACGGAGCAGAAGACACUGCCGUCUGAAGGUGGUUUUCUCUGGCAUCCUCUGUGGCAUGCUGCAGUAGUUGCCAUUGAAAAUGCCGCCGAGAGGGAUAGAAUGACGUUCCCUGCUUCAACUUCUUCAACAACCCAACCAAAGUUAAAUGGUGAUGUAGAUAAUUGUUCUGAUGAUGAACCAGCAAAGCGGCUAAAGAUAGUUGCAAAUGAUGAAGAGCAAUCUACACAUCCAGCACACAGCAGUGACUUACCUGAAAGAAACAGACCGUAUCUUUGCACAGGAUUUGACAUCUACCUUGUUUGGGAACCAUGCACGAUGUGUGCUAUGGCGCUUGUACAUCAAAGGUUCAAGCGCGUCUUCUAUGCUUUCCCUAAUCCCGUAACUGGAGCACUAGGUAGUGUCUACAGAUUGCACGGGAAGAAAAGCUUGAAUCACCAUUACUCCGUGUUUAGGAUAAAAGUUCCUGAGGCAUAUUUGAAUGGUUCAACUGACUGUUCUGAAAAAGGGUGCUCAAAUUCUGUCUCAUCUUAGCACGAAAACUCCAGGAACUUUGUUCUGCAGUGACGGUAACUGCUAAAACGCCCAUGAGCUUGCAAGGAAAUGCUUCUUUUUUUUAAUACCAAAUUUAGGUGGUGUAGAAAAUUAGCUAGUACUCCUGUUGUUCACUGCAGCUUGAUGUUUGUUUGUAUGUUUGAGAUGGAAAAGAUUAUUGUUUUCCUAGAGGUAUAUUUUGGUCUGAUUAACACCCUGAACCCUGAAUGCCAUGGUGGGCCACAGGUUUAAGCAUGCGUUUUUCAUUUGUGACGGGUUUUCCUUUUUGAGGGAAUCCAUUGUGACAGUUUAUAAUUUGGACCGCGAGGUUUCGUUUA